CAGCUCUCUGGCGCUCUCCCGUGAGCGUUCGCAACUUGCGAGCAAAGUUUGGAGGAGGAAGCGCCAAGCCUGAGUUCUUUCUUCCUCUCGCUCCCCAAAUCCGAGGGUUGCCCGCGGCGUCAUGUCCGCGCUCCCCAGCAGCCUGGGGUGCGUGUGAAGCCUCGGAGCCUUCGCGCCGGCCAGGAUCCGAGGACCACUCUCCUUUUGGAGAGCCGGCUCGUCGCUGACUCCAUCCUGACCCACGCCAGGCUCUGGGACGGCGCGGAUCGCGGAGGAGCGUUGCCAUUCAAGUGGCGGCAGCAGUGGCAGCAGCAGCAAGUCCUGCAGCCAGUCCAGUAGCCAGCCCAGCCGCCACCACAGCGCCCUGGGUCCUGAGCCCCCCGAGGGCUGAAAGCAUUGUGGGCAGUCCAUGCUCCUAGAGGAAGUGUGCAGAUGGGAUUAACGUCCACAUGGAGAUAUGGAAGAGGACCGGGGAUUGGCACUGUAACCAUGGUCAGCUGGGGUCGCUUCUUCGGCCUGGUUGUGAUCACCAUGGCAACCUUGUCCCUGGCCCGGCCCUCCUUCAAUUUAGUUGAGGACACCACAUUAGAGCCGGAAGAGCCACCAACCAAAUACCAAAUCUCUCAACCAGAAGUUUACGUGGCUGCGCCAGGGGAGUCACUAGAAUUGCGCUGCCUGUUGAAAGAUGCCGCCAUGAUCAGUUGGACUAAGGAUGGGGUACACUUGGGGCCCAACAAUAGGACAGUGCUUAUUGGGGAGUACUUACAGAUAAAAGGCGCCACACCUAGAGACUCCGGCCUCUAUGCUUGUACUGCCUCUAGGACUGUAGACAGUGAAACUUGGUACUUCAUGGUGAAUAUCACAGAUGCCAUCUCCUCUGGGGACGACGAGGACGACACAGACGGCUCUGAAGAUUUUGUCAGUGAGAACAGUAACAACAAGAGAGCACCAUACUGGACCAAUACGGAAAAGAUGGAAAAGCGACUACACGCUGUCCCCGCGGCCAACACUGUCAAAUUCCGCUGCCCAGCUGGGGGGAAUCCAACGCCAACAAUGAGGUGGCUGAAAAACGGGAAGGAAUUUAAGCAGGAACAUCGUAUUGGAGGCUAUAAGGUACGAAACCAGCACUGGAGCCUUAUUAUGGAAAGCGUGGUCCCAUCUGACAAAGGCAAUUACACCUGUGUGGUGGAGAAUGAGUAUGGCUCCAUCAAUCACACGUACCACCUCGAUGUCGUUGAGCGAUCACCACACCGGCCCAUCCUUCAAGCUGGACUGCCAGCAAAUGCCUCCACGGUCGUCGGAGGGGACGUGGAAUUUGUCUGCAAAGUUUACAGCGAUGCUCAGCCCCACAUCCAGUGGAUCAAACAUGUAGAAAAGAACGGUAGCAAGUACGGGCCUGAUGGGCUGCCCUACCUCAAGGUUCUGAAGCACUCGGGGAUAAAUAGUUCCAAUGCAGAAGUGCUGGCUCUGUUCAAUGUGACUGAGGCGGAUGCUGGGGAGUACAUAUGUAAGGUCUCCAAUUAUAUAGGGCAGGCCAACCAGUCUGCCUGGCUCACUGUCCUGCCCAAAAAGCAAGCUCCCGUAAGAGAAAAGGAGAUUCCAUCUUCCCCAGAUUACCUGGAAAUAGCCAUUUACUGCAUAGGGGUCUUCUUAAUCACCUGUAUGGUGGUGAUAGUCAUCGUGUGCCGAAUGAAGACUACGACCAAGAAGCCAGACUUCAGCAGCCAGCCGGCUGUGCACAAGCUGACCAAGCGCAUCCCCCUGCGGAGACAGGUAACAGUUUCUGCUGAGUCCAGCUCCUCCAUGAACUCCAACACCCCACUGGUGAGGAUAACAACACGUCUCUCCUCAACAGCAGACACCCCGAUGCUGGCUGGGGUCUCGGAAUACGAGCUGCCAGAGGAUCCAAAGUGGGAGUUCCCCAGAGAUAAGCUGACGCUGGGCAAACCCCUCGGGGAAGGUUGCUUUGGGCAAGUGGUCAUGGCUGAGGCAGUGGGGAUCGAUAAAGACAAACCCAAGGAGGCGGUCACCGUGGCAGUGAAGAUGUUGAAAGAUGAUGCUACGGAGAAAGAUCUUUCUGAUUUGGUGUCAGAGAUGGAGAUGAUGAAGAUGAUUGGAAAACACAAAAAUAUCAUUAAUCUGCUUGGAGCCUGCACGCAGGAUGGGCCCCUCUAUGUCAUUGUUGAGUACGCCUCCAAAGGCAACCUGCGGGAAUACCUCCGAGCCCGGAGGCCUCCAGGCAUGGAAUACUCCUAUGACAUUAACCGUGUUCCUGAGGAGCAAAUGACCUUCAAGGACUUGGUGUCAUGCACCUACCAGCUGGCCAGAGGCAUGGAGUACUUGGCCUCGCAAAAAUGUAUUCAUCGAGAUUUAGCAGCCAGAAACGUUUUGGUAACAGAAAACAAUGUGAUGAAAAUAGCAGACUUUGGACUGGCCAGAGAUAUCAAUAAUAUAGAUUACUACAAAAAGACAACAAACGGGCGACUUCCAGUCAAGUGGAUGGCUCCUGAAGCCCUUUUCGAUAGAGUGUACACCCAUCAGAGUGAUGUCUGGUCCUUUGGGGUGUUAAUGUGGGAGAUCUUCACUUUAGGGGGCUCACCUUACCCAGGGAUUCCUGUGGAGGAACUUUUUAAGCUGCUAAAGGAAGGGCACAGGAUGGAUAAGCCAGCCAACUGCACCAAUGAGCUGUACAUGAUGAUGAGGGACUGCUGGCAUGCAGUGCCCUCACAGAGACCAACGUUCAAGCAGUUGGUAGAAGACUUGGACCGAAUUCUUACUCUCACAACCAAUGAGGAAUACUUGGACCUCAGUCAGCCUCUGGAACAGUACUCACCUAGUUCCCCUGACACAAGGAGCUCUUGUUCUUCAGGAGAUGACUCUGUGUUUUCUCCGGACCCCAUGCCUUAUGAACCCUGCCUGCCUCAGUAUCCACACAUAAACGGCAGUGUUAAAACAUGAACGAAUGUGUCUUCCUGUCCCCCAAAAGGACAGUGUCAGGAACCUACCUGCACUGAGCUAGGAGGCCACGCCUCCAAGAGCUUGUUGUCUGUGCUUGUAUAUAUGGAUCAGAGGAGUAAAUAAUUGGAAAAGUAAUCGGCACAUGUGUAAAGAUUUAUCCAUUGGAAACUUGUCAUCUUCACCAGGAAAGGACUAUUUCUGGAGCAGUGGACAGCCACGAGCCACCAUACCACCCCUCUGACCCCCGUGGGUACUGGCUGUGCCUCACUCGGACUCAAGGCAGACACACAUUCUGCCUUCCUUGUUAAUUUUGUAAUAAUUGGAGAAAAUAUAUGUCAGCACACACUUACAGAGCACAAAUGUAGUAUAUAGGUGCUGGAUGUAUGUAAAUAUAUUCAAAUUAUGUAUAAAUAUAUAUUAUAUAUUUACAAGGAAUUAUUUUUUGUAUUGAUUUUAAAUGGAUGUCCCAAUGCACCUAAAAAAAUUGGUCUCUUUUUUUAAAUAGCUAUUUGCUAAAUGCUGUUCUUAUACAGAAUUUCUUAAUUUUCACCAAGCAGAGGUGGGAAAAAUACUUUUUGCUUUCAGGGAAAAUGGUAUAACAUUAAUUUAUUAAUGAAUUGGUAAUAUACAAAACAAUCAUAGGGUUUUUUUUUUUGUAAUUUAAGUGGCAUUUCUAGGCAGGCAGUACAGCGACUAGUUGAUCUAUUGCUUGGACUUAACUAGUUAUCCGGUCCUUUGAGAAGAAAAAUAUUUACAACAUAGGACUAAUUUGGAGAAAACAAAGUUUCGGUUUAUUUGCAUAUAACUCUGCUGUCAGAUGAUUGUGCUCAGACCACCUGAAUGCCCAGAUUACAAGAACUCGAUAUUAGGAAGAUAUUUUGUUUUGACACUCAACUCUGUCUUCGGCCAACAAAACGUUUAACUGGACUUUGCAAGGCAAAUGUAGCAAUGUCCUCAUUCAAAGAUGCCUUAAUCCAUCCCCCGAAACAGACCGAACGUUGCAGUGGUAGCAGUGGGCUUGCUCUGGCAGCUGGCUUUCCACCAGCGUCCCACAUUGUCAGAGAAGCCUGUGUUCCCUUUGGUGCAUUUCGAUAAUGGUUUCCCGGUUCUUGGGCAUCAGAGAAACCUUUUAGGAUCGUCGAGUCCCAUCACAGAAAAUGGAAACACAGAAUUGUUUGGUUGAGAGUUCAGGGGAUUUUGUUCCUUUUUUGUUAGGGGAUUGCUUCUGGCUGUUGACAAGACCUCACCAAAAGAUAUGGCCUCAUACUGACAUCGGACAAAAUAUCACUGUAUUGUUUGUUCUGUAUUAAGGUAUUGUGUUUUGCUUCCGAAACACCCACUCACUUUGCUAUAGCCAUGCGACAUGAAAGCAGAUGACACUGAUUUUAUGUGUUAUAAAAUUGGAAAAAAUAUUUAAUAAAACCUGUUAAUUUUUAUACUGACAAUAA